AUGGGUUGUCAGUAUAUAAAGAAAUAUUCAGACUUUAUAGGAGUGUAUGAGAAACUUUAUCACUUACAAGCUGAUCAAUCUCUUGAAGAGAUUUACGAUUUAGUAGAAAAAGUUUUAAUUUGUAAGUACAAAAUAUCAAUUCACUUGCUCUUUAUGAGCAUAUUCAACGCAAUUAGGUAUAAUUAUCGAUCCAUUGCUAUAUAUGUCAAUAUUCUUAACAAUAUCUUGAAGAAACAUUCAUUCAAAUAUAAAGAUCUAUUGCAAUAUAAAACUUUAAACGAACAUGGCGAUUUAUGUUCUGAUGAAAUACAUUCGUACUUGCGUAUCUCUAAAAAAUCUAAUACAAGUAAUCAAAUCGAAUUUGACACAAAUUCAUUACCAAAAGAAGGUGAAAUUCAAUACAUGAUAAUUUAUGAUCAAGUUGACAAAUUCAGAGAAUAUGUUACACAGCAUUCUUUAGAAAGUAUUACGAUAAAAGUCCCGUGCUUUAUAAGAAUGGAUCCUAUUGAAGCAUGUUGUUAUUUUGGAUCUGUGAACAUUUUCUUUUUCCUCAUCUCAAAUUAUGACAUCAAAAUCACAAAGCAAUGCUAUCAAUACUCAUUUAUUGGAGGAAAUAUCGACAUCAUCAACAAAUGCAAGAAAAACAACGAAAUCGAUGAAAAAUGUCUGAAUUAUAUUAUUUCAUCACACAACCAUCAAUGUCUCGAAUACAUAUUCCAAAUGGAUCUAUUUGAUCCACAGUACAUUGAUGGCGAUUUAAUUAUCAUAUCACAAAACCUGAAAGUUGUUUUCUUAUUACUCGAAAAGCACAAUAAUUUAGUAACUCCAUGGUGUGCUGCAUUUCCACAGACUAUCGAUGUUUUCAAGAAUAGAAGUAUUGAUUUUUCCAAGAUAUCCUUGGCAGGCUGCACUGCUAUUCAUUAUGCGGCUGUCGGUAAUUCUAACGAAAUUGCAGAAUUCCUUAUUUCACAAGGUGUUGAUGUCAAUGCAAAAAACGAUUAUAAUGAGACUGCUCUUCACUAUUCACCAUAUAAAGAAACAUCAGAAGUUCUGAUUUCAAGUGGCAUUGACAUCAAUGCUAAGCAAGUAAAAGGAUACACUGCUCUUCAUUUAGCAGUAAACAUCAAUAAUAAAGAAGUAUCCGAACUGCUGAUCUCACAUGGUGCUGACAUAAAUUCAAGAGAUAUAGACGAUAAAACACCUCUUCUUUAUGCAACAGAAAACAACUGUAAAGAAAUGGUCGAAUUUCUUAUAUCACAUGGUGCUGAUGUCAAUGCAAAAGACAAAAAAUACAACACACCUCUUUAUUGUGCAACAGAAAACAAUUGUAAAGAAAUGGUGGAAUUUCUAAUAACACAUGGUGCUGAUGUCAAUGCAAAAGACAAAAAAUACAACACACCUCUUUAUUGUGCAAUCAAGAGAAGAAAUAAAGAAAUUACCGAACUACUUAUAUCACAUGGUGCUGAUAUAAAUUUCAAGGAUAGAUAUGGGACAAAUAUGCUUCAUUGGGCUGCAAAAGUAAACAAUAAGAAAAUUGGAGAAUUGCCUAUUUCAGAUAUAGAUGAAGUUGAUAUUGCUGCCCUUGGUCUUGCCACAAAAGAAAACAGCAAAGAAAUUAUAAAACUUCUCAUAUUACAUGGUGCUGAUAUCAAAGCAAAAGAUAUAUAUGGAAAUACUGUUCUUCAUUAUGCAGCAUAUGGAAGUGAUAAAGAUAUAAUCGAAUUUCUUAUAUCACGAGGUGCUGAUUUCAAUGAUAAAAAUAAAGAAGAUUUAACUAUUCUUCAUUGUUCAGCAAAAGGAAACAAUAUAGAAGUAGCAGAACUAUUUAUUUUGCAUGGUACAAAUGUUAAUUCAAAAGAUAAAUCCGGUAAAACCCCUCUUCAUUAUGCAGCAGAAAACAAUAGUAAAGAAGUAGCAGAACUUCUGAUAUUGCAUGGUGCUGACGUCAAUUCAAAAGAUGAAAAUGAUAUAACACCUUUACAUUAUGCAGCAGACAAAGGAAGCAAAGAGGUAGCAGAACUUCUGAUUUUGCAUGGUGCUAAUGUCAACGUAAAAGACAAUUAUCAACGAACGGCCAUUUUUUCGGCAGUAGAUAAUAAUUGUAGAGAAAUAGUAGAACUUCUUCUUUUGCAUGGUGCUGAUGUCAAUUUAAAAGAUAAAUAUGGCCAAACACUUCUUCAUUAUGCUGCAGAAAACGAAAACCAAGAAGUAGUUGAAUUUCUUAUUUCACAUGGUGCAGACAUCAAUAUUAAAGAUGAAAAUGGUAGAACUGCACUAUUUUAUGCAACAACAAAUUGCAAAUAUUAUAAAGAAAUUAUAAUGUUUCUAUUAUCUUGCGGUGCAUUUAUUGAUACCAUAGAUAAAGAUGGGAAAACUCCUCUUCAUUAUGUAUGUGAAAAUUAUUACGACCAUGUAUCAGAACUUCUUUUAUCACAAGGUGCAUAUAUUGAUUCAAAAGAUAAAGAUGAGAAAACUCCUCUUCAUUAUGCAGUUUUAACAGAUAACAGCACAUUGGUAAAACUACUUUUAUCACAUGGCGCAUAUAUUGAUUCAAAGGAUAAAGAUGAGAAAACUCCUCUUCAUUAUGCAAUUGAAAACAAUAACAGCAAAAUGGUAGAACUUCUUAUAUCACAUGGUGCAGAUAUAAGUUCAAAGAUUAAUCUCUCUUCUAAAUUAAAUUUGGAAAAAUAUUCUCAGGGUUCACAAGUCAUAACAUAA